AUCCAAAUUUCUUUAUCCUAAAGAAAAAACCUUGAUUAUAAAUAACAGCCUAAUACACGUGAAAAGGUAGACUUCGAAGAAACACAAUCUUUGUUCUGUUAUUUUUUUACCUUCCACUCUUCUUUUAUUCCCCUGACUAGAAACGAAAUUUCCUUCUCUAUAAAAAACUCUAAUCGAUUUAAAAGCAAGCUGGACUUCCAGAAAUACGAUCUUUGUUUUGCUAAUUUUGUUUUUAAUCACCAUCUGUCUUCCUGUGUUUUUUGUUUUUCUCUGCCAAGCCCUCCUGCCAGACUGAAGAAAUCGAUUAUUGCUCUGCCUGCUUUAUUCGCUGUACGAUUUCUCCAUCCGCCUUUUCCGUGCUACAAAUGCAACACUUACAGGGAAAUUCUUAUCUUUACUGCAAUACAUGCGAUAAAGAUUUAGGGUUUAUUAGGCGUAAUGUAAAUGUCGGACAAUUUCUUUACUGUGACGAAUGUGUAAGAGCUCAGAAAUUCCACUCUGACAAAUCUUUCCUCCAAAAUUGGGACGAAGAUAUAUUCCUUGAACCUUUCGCAGAUUUCACAUUGGAAGGAAGCGAUGGAGGAAUUUUGAGGGCACAUAAGGCCGUUCUGGCAGGGAAGUCCAAAGUUUUCAAGGCAAUGCUGAAGGCAGGAAUGUCUGAGUCUGUUAGCGGAAAAGCGAAAAUGUCAGAUAUGACAGCUGAAGAAUUGGUUCCGUUAAUUAAUUUUCUGUAUACAGGCAUUGUAAAUCAAAAAAGCUUGGAAUGUCAUGGCGUUGCACUUUACAGAGCUUCUCAUAAGUAUGAUCUGCCUCUUUUGACAGCUAUAUGUGAGCGUUUUCUUCAAUUUAAUGUGUCCAGAGAUGUUCGUGGAGUUUUUGAGCUUGCUGUAUAUCAUGGAGUGGAGAAAUUACAGUUAGCUGUGUUGCCUUUCAUUUUUAUCGAAACUUUCGUUAAAAGCAACUCACCGCCUUUAGUGUUGAAAACGUUGAGAGAGGCUUCCAAGUUCAAAUGCUUUACCGAUUACCAAAGGAAGAAUUUUAAUGCCGUGUCUUCUGUUAUGGAGCGCACUUUAUUUCGAAUGGCAGAUUAUCUCGAUGAUCUACAAAACGGGGGAGAAGACCAAAAGGAAAUGGAAUUGAAUUUUCAACCGCCAAGUAAGGAUGCUUCAUCAUGCAAAGAAGAUAUUUCAUCACCAAAAAGUAAUCACUCAAUGAAGAUGAUUGAUUUGCAAGAUGAAGAUGAUUGAUUUGCAUAAGGGGACAUAACAUUCAUCCACUGAGAUGAGUUUGAGGAAAAAUAAAAAGAACAAAUCUUUUGAAUUGAAAAGUAGAA